AUGUUGGUGGUGGGCGAGGAGGAGGAGGAUGAGGAGGAGGAUGACGGCGACGGUGAUGGUGACGACGGAGACGACGGCGGCGGAGGUAGCGUCGAGGAUGGUGCGGGGCGGCUGCGGCUGCAGUUGGGGUUUGGGUGCAGAGGUGGUGGUGGUGGGGAAGCAGCAGGGGCAGGCGGUGCGGCGGCGGCGGCGGCUGGCGUUGUCGCAGACGUCGGGGAGGGAGGGAGAGGAGGGGCGGCAGUAGCAAAAGCGGCGGCGAUGGCGUUGGCGCGCGUUCGGGGUGGAGGUGAAGGCUGUGCUGGCGGGGGCGGCGGCGGCAGAGAUUGCGGCAGAGUCGACGACGACGACGACGGCGGCGGCGGCAACGGUGAUAAACAUGGGACCAGAGGAGAUGUCGUGGCAGGUAUUGCUGCUCCUUCGGACGAUGCUGCCACCGCCGCCACCUUGUUCGAUACUGAUGAUGACGACUGUGUAUGCGACGGCGUGCGGUUGAGAUGUUGA